AUGUUCAAUACUAAUUUACCCUCCCAUCCGACCUCAAGGCAAGUCAUGCUGCUCGGCAAGGACAUAUCCAAUAUUUUCUCUACACUCCAACGCGUCUGCGACAAGCUCAGCAUCGAACCUCCUUGGCCAUUGAUGUCAACCCAAGGAGCAAACGGAGCUGAGAGCCACCUGGAGCAGCAGUCUGCCGAGGGCACUGAAGAAGCAGGCGAAGAUGGCACUAGGUCGGGGGUGUACGAGUUGUCACCACCAGCCUCGCCAUCAGCAGUCCAGGCACCCAUCGACCCGUACCUCAGCGGCGGAAACAUUGGCGCAGAUGCUUCUCUCACUGCAGGGACGGGCACAGGGGGGCAUGGAAGUCCAGCGCAGAGGGUUCGGGGUCGAGAGAGCGAGAGGGGGGAUCUGGUCAGCAAGGGCAUCAUCACGCCAGAGCGCGCCGAGAUGCUGGUCAAGCAUUAUCUGCUCUAUCUGGAUCGAUUUCUUUACGGAAUCGCCGGCCACUAUCGGGAUGCCCACCAGGUUCGCAUGGCGUCCCCCACACUCUUUGCGGCCAUGUGUGCCGUCGCCGCCUUUCAAGACGUCGACAAUAAGGAUCUUUUCGAUCAGUGCUAUAAAGAGUACCGAUCUCUGGUGUCGACAUCCUUAUUUGAGAAGAGGGAUCUCGAGUACAUUCGGGCUCUGUGCAUCGGCUCAUUCUGGCUUCUGGACACAUCCAGGAUCCUCCUCAGCGACGCCGUGCGAAGAGCUGCAGACUCUCGAUUGCAUCACUAUUUCCACAGGUGGAUGGAUUACUCUUCAACAACAACCACGACGUCAAAAGUUCCGACUGCGUCUUUCGAGGAUGCGAGAGACCGAGUUCGUCUCUGGUACCUGCUCUUCGUCUCUGACCGACAUCUGUCCAUCUUGCACAACAGAGACGCGUUGACCCGGCAAGAGAAAGAUGCUAUUGAGAACAGGGACAGUUUCCUGGCUAGUGAAAAUGCAGGAUCGUCACUAUCCAACCUAGAUAUCCGUCUCAUCUCACAGGUCUCAUUACUAGUCAUCAUGGGCCAAAUCCGGGAUGUUCUAGGCUGUGAGCGGCCCAGACCCCUGCCCAAGACAUUCGUCAUUCAGUUCUCCCAUUUUACAAACGAUUUGGACCAGUGGUAUGGGAAAUACUCGCCCUCCUUUGAACCCGAUGAACACAUUGGUGACUUCCCGCUGGCUGGUCUCACCAUACAUUAUCAAUAUGCGCGACUAUAUCUGAACCAUCACGUAUUCCAAGGCCUAGACGACAAAGACCCGAUUCCUGUCCACUUUCUCCCGGCUGCGGCUGCGGCACGAGAGGCCGCCCACCGCAUCUUCAGCAUGCUUAUCGAGAAUCCCGCUCUGCGCAGCAACAUUGUGGGCAUGCCGCACUACUUCCACAUCAUGAUCUCGUUUGCGGGCCACUGCUUGCUCGAGAUGGCCAUGAAGCACCGCGAGCAGCUGGGCAUCGCGGUCGAGGACGACUUUGGCCGUAUCGCCGCGGUGCUGACCCUCUUUGCCAGCACAUCCACAUUGCCGCAGCACCCCAUCGCGCGAGCCCUGGCUGGCCUGACACGAAAGCUCAACGAGUGCACGGCCAGCCUGGGUAUGGAGUCGGUGCUCACGGGUAGCCCUUUUCAGAAGGCUGAGUAUACCAAUCUUAUGGCCGACUUUGGUGGUGGAAUGGGCGGAGGAGAAGGAGGAGCCAACAGCGGUGGUAGCAGUGGUAACAAUGGUGAAGUGAUCCAUGCGAUGUUUACCUCUCCUGGUAAUAUGCAGACUUUUGGCGGGCUGUCGGAUGAUUUCUGGUACGGGGACUUUGGAGACUUUCAUCUGGCUUUUCCGGCGUCACAAUCUCAGCUGUGA